AUCACAGGGAUGUGAUUGUGACACAGGUGCACAUGUCCGCAUGGAGUCCUCUGCCUGUGGAUCUCUCAGCUGAGCUGCUCCUCGGUGCAUGUGGGUUCCAGGGAAACCAAUUUUCCUUUGUAGUUCCAUCUGAACAAGGCCAGAAUGUCUGUGGCUCCUCUGGACUCAACAACAGUCCCCUGUGGACUCCUCAAAACAUGUAGGGAGCGAAGCCUGAGUUACGACUGGAGACUUUAGCUUGGCCUGUGACACAGAGUUCUGGUGGUGCUGAAGAGGUGGUGCCCCUGCCUUACAUUGCAGAGGAUGGCGGCAGAGGAAAGCCAGGCCACCCAGGCCAACCCCGAUGCCAACCACUGCCCGACAGUGCCAGCUAGGAGGGCCUCCCUGAAGGAAUGGACCCAGUUCAGCGACCACAGCUGCAGAAAGCCCUGCAGCGCCCCCCAGGACGCCUCCUCUUCCCCCUCCAUUCCGGGCAAGGGGAGACCCAGCACCGCAGAGAAGCCCAAGGAGCCCUCCAGGGUCUCCCAGCUGGUGCGGCAGCUCCGCGGUUGGUUCAACCAAGGCCUGAAGCGGAGCGAGGAGCGGCGGGACUCCUUCCUGGUGCGCUUCUGGGGGCCCCACCCGCAGGGCUUGUCCGCCGAGAGCGGGGAGGACCUCCUGGACCAAGAGCGGAGGAAGAAGGCAGUCGUGCUGGACCCCGCCGGGAAGCAAUACUACCGCUGGCUCCUGGUCAUCACCGUCCCCAUCCUCUACAACUGGACCGCGCUGAUCGCCCGCGCCUGCUUCAAUGAGCUCCAGAGGAGGUACCUGCGCUACUGGUUGGUCCUCGACUAUCUAUCUGACCUAAUCUACUUGGCUGACAUGGCUGUCCAGGUGCGCACAGGCUUCCUGGAGCAGGGUCUGCUGGUGAAGGACGGCAAGCGGCUGUGGGAGCACUAUGUGGCCUCGUGGCAAUUCAAGCUAGACAUGCUCUCGCUGUUGCCAACAGACCUGGGCUACCUGGCGUUUGGGGUGCAUGCCCCAGCGCUGCGCCUCAACCGCCUGCUGCGCAUUUUGCGGAUGUUUGAGUUCUUCGACCGAACAGAGACGCGAACCAGCGUGCCCAACCUCUUCCGCAUCGCCAACAUGGUGCUGUACAUCCUGGUGAUCAUCCACUGGAAUGCCUGCUUCUAUUAUGCCAUCUCCAAGGGCAUCGGCUUCGGGGAGGACACCUGGGUGUACCCCAACAUCUCGGACCCAGAGUACGGCUACCUGGCCCGUGAGUACAUCUACUGCCUGUACUGGUCCACGCUGACACUGACCACCAUUGGGGAGACUCCGCCGCCGGUGCGUGACGUGGAGUACAUCUUCGUCAUCUUCGACUUCCUGAUCGGCGUGCUCAUCUUCGCCUCCAUUGUGGGUAAUGUGAGCUCCAUCAUCUCCAACACGACUGCUGCACGCACUGAGUUCCAGGCCAAAGUGGACGCUGUCAAACACUACCUGCACUUCCGCAAUGUGGACAAAAAGCUGGAGGUCAAAGUCAUUCGCUGGUUUGACUACCUGUGGACCCACAAGAAAGCAGCUGAUGAGGCGGACGUGUUGCGGAGCCUGCCGGAUGCACUGCGAGCCGAGAUCGCCAUCCACGUGCACCUGGCCACCCUGAAGCAGGUGCGCAUCUUCCAUGACUGUGAGGCCGGGCUGCUGGUGGAGCUGGUCCUCAAGCUGCGCCCACAGGUCUUCAGCCCUGGCGACUAUGUGUGCCGCAAGGGCGACGUGGGCCGCGAGAUGUACAUUGUCAAAGAGGGCAAACUGGCCGUGGUGGCCGAUGAUGGCGUCACCCGGCUGGCCGUCCUCACAGCCGGCUGCUGCUUUGGCGAGAUCAGCAUCCUCAACAUCCGCGGCAGCAAGAUGGGCAACCGCCGCACCGCCAACAUCCGCAGUGUGGGCUACUCUGACCUCUUCUGCCUCUCCAAGGAGGACCUCAUGACCACCUUGGCUGAGUACCCUGAAGCCAAGCGGCUCCUGGAGGAACGUGGGCGUGAACUGCUGCUCAAGGAGGGCCUAUUUGACCAGGAGGCCGCAGCGGAGGAUGGAGAGGUGGGGGGCUCCGAGGGUCUGAGCGUGGACCAGAAACUGGACCGGCUGCAGGGCAGUCUGGAGACCAUGGACACCCGCCUCGGCCGCCUCCUGGAGGAGCAUCAGACGGCCCAGAGGAAGCUCAAGCGCCGUGUGGCUGCCCUCGAGGCACGGACCGCUCCAGGCCCAGAUGUGGGACCCCUCUCUCUUGGCUCCCUCAGCCCCUCGGAAACUGGGGAGGAGGCGGGAGGGGCUCAGGGGGAGACCGGACCCUGAGGAUGCAACAGGGGCCACAACAGGGGCUACAGCAGCCACACCUCCCUCUCCUUGCAAAAGAAAGAUGGCUCCAGCCUGGAGCACUAAAACCUGGUUUCGAGAA